AGUGAAACAAAUAUGUUUUGUCCCAAUGUUAUUCCACAGUAGAGUACUAGAGUCACAAGUUUAAACUGUAGCUUAUCUGAUGCGUUUUCUUAUUUUAGACAUUUUAGUUAAGCAAAUGCAAUAUGAAAGUCAAACGUGUUUCUGAAAAAUAUUUGAAUAAAGUUGUCGACAAAAUAAAGUUUUCAGAGUUCGUGAAAUCACUCUUGGUAGAGGGAGAUGGGGAACAAAAAUGGCGGUGUUGUCAAUUGACUUUCAAUAACAGGGGCUCUGCUUAUAAGCAUGUUUCUGUGUUUCACUUAGAUUUAGUGAAGAGUUAUUCAGAUGAGACUGUGCAUUCUAAAGUAGUGAAGCGUGAAGAUUGUGAUGGCUGCCACGAAUCUAAUGAGUUUGCAAAUGGGGAAACGAAACCUAUUGUUAAUUAUACUUGUACUUGUGAUGGAGCAUUUGUAGUGUUGUUGUAUUAUUAUUACACAAAUCUGCAAGGUGAAACACAUAAUGUUGAAAGGUGGCAGAGACAAGUAUGCACUGAGUUGAAAUUAACAGGAAAAAUAAGGAUUGCUGAUGAAGGGAUAAAUGGAACUGUAGAAGGCUGUGAUUGCUCAACAGAGAAAUAUAUGCAGGCAAUGCUUAACUACAGUUCCUUUUCCAACAUGUUACGCACUGAUUUUAAAAUGAGCGCAGGCAAUGGCUGUUGUUUUGAUGACUUAAAAGUUGGUAUUCACUCUGAGCUUUGUACAUUGGGAAUAACAUCACAGGAACUAAAACCAGCAAUUGGAAACCAUUUAACCCCAGAACAGUUUCACCAAAAACUUAAAGAAAUGGAAGAGUUAUCUAGCACUGGUGCUAGAGCAGAGCCACUGCUGUUAGAUUGUCGCAACUUCUAUGAGAGUAAAAUAGGAUAUUUUGAUGGUGCUGUCAAGCCUGACCUAAGGAAAUUCAGUUACUUUACUGAGUAUGUGGACAAAAACCGUGAGUUAUUUAAUAAUCGGGAAAUUCUGACGUACUGCACAGGUGGUAUUAGAUGCGAGAGAGCAUCAGCAUAUGUUAAGCAAGCUACCAAUUGCUCUAAUGUGUUUCAAUUAAAAGGAGGAAUACAUAAGUACCUUGAACAGUAUCCUGGCAGUGAUUUAUAUAAAGGAAAGCUGUUCGUAUUUGAUAAUAGGUAUGGAAUUAAUAUUGGAGAUUCUGACAGACCUGCUGUUUCGAACUGUUUCUUCUGUCCUGCUCCGUGCGAUAAAUAUAAGCUAUGUUCCACUGCAGGUUGCUGUCAGCUGGUUUUGAUCUGCCAAUAUUGUAGAGAGACCGGCAUAACCACAUGCUGUGACACUUGUGCACAAAAUGCCAAACUCAACCAAGUAUGUAAACAAUGCAGAUGCACAGUAACUAGGGAAAGAGCGGCAACAGAAAGUUUAUGAGCUAGUUUUGGUGCGAGUUUUUACAUAAUGAUGCCGUUUUAACAUUGUUAUUUGUGGCAAAGAAAAACAUACUGCCAAUUAUCAUUAGUAUCAUUCUGCUAUGUUUGUUGCUAAAAUUGGGGCUAUCUAAUUGUUUUAUGUAUUUUUUUAAAAAUUGCAG